AUGGUGCCACUUUGUCCCUUGGCUGAGGAUGGUUUGCCGAAAAUUUAUUCUCAUCCUCCAACAGAAAACACUAAGAUAACAACUGAAGCAACCAUUUUCUUUGGAGCUAACAACACUAUUCUUAAAUCAGAAACAACUAUUACUUCAGAAGGAGACCACAUUACUUGAGUAAAUGACUAUGUGCUAGAAAGUGAUUUUUCAACAAAUACAGGCAACAAGCUUACAGCUACAAAGGAAAGACUAAAAUUAGAAGAUGAAGUUGAAUCCCAUCUGGAGAAAGAAGUUGCCACUCUGACAGACACUAAAAAUCCAAUGACUAAUGAGUCUAUUACUGAAAACUUCAUGCCCAUGAAAACUGGUAAUAUAUCAUCACCAGCUGCUGUUUUCUUAAUAGAUUUUUACACUGACAUGGCAGAAGAUAUUCUCUUGGAUACCAUUGACCCAGGGUAUGAAGAUGUCUCACUAAUUCCUGAAGUCUCUAGCACACUAAAGGAAAGCACAGCCAGCAUUGCUGAUACCCCUAUCUUUCCAGCUACAAUGGGUGAACCUGAUAUUAACAAUUAUAGUUCCACAGUUAAGUUCAAUGUCACUGCUGAUGAGGAUGUCGAUAUCACUGACUCCUCUAUCCCUGAGGCUGAAAUUGCUCCAGCUACUGAAAAAAAUUUCACCACUAUUCCAGACGUAAUCACCAUUACAGAAGAGAAAGUAACUGAAAUUGACCUAAUUCUUCCUGAAAAUGACCCCAAUGCUGUGCCUAAACUAACUGAUUCUGAUGAGGAAAAGUUCAUCACUGUGUUUGAACUCACUAUCACUGUUGAAAGAGACAAAGAUAACUCAGAAGAUAUUCUGCUAACUGAUGAAGAGUCUACAGGUGGAGUCAGUGUUUGGAUGGAGAGAGAUAUGACAAAUGAAGCAGAGAGCCAUCCUGUUUUGCUUACUGCUUUUGAAUCCAGAUAUGACUUCUUUGUCCCUGCAUCAGUAGCUACGAACUGCAUGGAAGAUUCACCUACUAUGACAAAAGAUUUGUCUGAAAAUGAUAGAAUGGAAUCUGUAACAAAGGACACUGAAGCACUGUCAGGAAAACCUGAUUUAGAUACCCUAAACCAUAAGGAAGGCACUUUCAUAACUGAAAUGGGUGUCUUUAAACUACUGAAAGAAGAACCAUAUGAGUUCCUGAUUUAA